UGCCCUGUCCUACCUUAAUUGUUCGUAUAGUUUUACGAGUCCUCUCCCGUUCUUUAGUGAUUUGCGCUAUAUCGAACUGGUCCUGUCCGUAUCCGCUAGUCGGCAGCCGAUGCCGUUUGACACCGUUUGCAACCGCCCAAAUAACCAAAUUACCAAAAACGCCACCAAUUUCCUCUACUAAAAAUCCAGUUGCAUCAAACAAAGCCACAGUACUGUCAGUUUGGUGGGUUAAACCAUACGGCCUCAGAAGCAGCCACUUAAAUGUUGUUAAAGUAAAUUUUGUCUAAACAUGACCCGAAUAUGUGUUGAAUUAUGCAAAGAAAGCGAUUAUACGUGUGGAUUUAAGUUCGUUUGUUGUAGAACAUAUUUGUGUGUGUUUGUCUACUUGCAAAUGGACUCAUCCAUUUCGCUGGUCGGUGCACAGUUUAUAGAUUUAUAAUAUUGAAGAAGUUAUGCUGUGAUGUAAGUGAAUGAGUUUAAGUAAUCGAUGUGUUAAAAUCCUGUUAAGCAUAUUGACCCUAGCCCGCCCUUGAUCCAUCUUUGCCUCGUCAACAUGUUUGGAAAAGACGGGUGUUAUGUAUGUGAACGCAGGAUAAGUGACAGACGUCAACUGCUGUCAUCCAAGCAGACCACGCCGCUUGCGUCCGCGCUUUUUUUGACUCUCUCUCUCUCCGAUUGCCAUUGUUAUCGCGUAUAAAACGAAUUUUGUAAACCCGAAGUAUUUUUCUAAUAAAUCAGUGAACUCACAACAGUAAAUACAGAACAUUUGGUGUCAGAAGUUCCGGAUUUACGGUCCACAGUCUGUAACGUACAUUACCCUUGUGAGAGAUUCACUGUGAGAAAAACUUACUUUAAUAUGACGACACUAGAUCCAUCGUCUAUGGCUGCGCUAUCCCACAUGAUCGCGGACACCCUAAAAACAGCCAUCGGAUCAGCGGCAGGGGAAGCACGCCAAGAUGCAACACCCUCGACGUCACGGGCACCGUCAUUUUCUCAUCCAGCUUAUCGCACCAGCUUAUCGCACGCAAGGGACCGUCUGCGACUAUUUCGACCGAAUGGAAUGGGCCCUGCAGCUGAACGGUAUCCCUACCGAAAAGUACGCCGAUUACGCGAGAGUCCACAUGGGAGCCGAGUUAAACAACGCGCUAUAGUUCCUGAUUGCACCAAUGCCACCGCAAGAGAUUCUGUACAAAGAUCUCCGGAAAACGCUCGAAACGCAUUUCGACAAACAGCGCAAUAAGUUUGUCGAAAGCAUCAAGUUCCGGCAAAUUAUGCAGCAGCAAGGGGAAAGCAUCGCACAAUUCACACUACGCCUGAAGCAGGGAGCUGCUCAUUGUGAUUACGGAGAAUUCUUGGACCGCAUGCUCAUCGAACAAUUGCUACACGGACUAAUGGAACGUGGUAUUUGCGACGAGAUUAUCGCAAAGAAUCCAGUAACCUUUAAAGAUACAUGUGAGAUCGCCAGCACGCUAGAAGCAACACACAACACCGCGCAGGAGGUUAACGCAGGGAUGCCGUUCGUCGUAUCAACGAAUAAGUUGGGUUACGAGCAGCCGAAGACAAAGAAGACACCUGCAUCUCGUGCUACGUCGAAGCCCAGCAAGUCAACGCGGCGAGAAUCGUCCCAAGGUAAACCAAAACAAGGUACAACUAAUCCAGGUAUGUGCAAUGGUUGUGGUGGAAACCACCUUCGAAAUCAAUGUCGUUUUCGUGAUGCUCGUUGCAACACGUGCAACAAAAAGGGACACAUUUCUAAAAUGUGUAGAUCUCGGAAAACUAACCACGAUGAAGAUUCUAUUAAUCCCGUAGACACCCGCCCAGAAGCCUCCAUCGAUUACGUACAAACGUUAAAUGCCCUACAAACAACUUCGCCAUCCGGGAAGAAAAUGGUAGAAGUUACGAUCGAUGGACAUCCUUUACACAUGGAGCUUGACACAGGAGCCCCAUGCGGUAUUAUUUCGGAAGCAAAGUUGAAAACAAUUAAAAAACAAUUCCAUUUACUUCCAUCCGAACGACAUUUUUCUAGCUAUUCAGGUCACAGCAUCACCUGUUUAGGACGUUUGCCAGUCAACGUAGCCAUGGGGUCUGCAAAUAGAAAACUAAACGUUUAUGUUGUUUCGAGAACAUCCGAGCCGUUAUUCGGUAGAGAAUGGAUCGCACAGUUUUCAGAUCAGAUCGAUAUAAAUUCCAUGUUUGCUCCUAAUGUUUCUGUCCAAUCAGUCACGGACACAGAACCAUCAGCCAUUCAAAAAUCGAAACUCAAUGAUCUUUUGGAAAAUUUUCGAGAAGUUUUUAGCGAUACCCCUGGAAAGCUAAUUGGUCCUCCGGCAAAAGUACAUCUAAAGCCUGGCGCCACACCUAUUUUUUCUAAGGCUAGAGAGGUGCCACUUUCUCUGCGAGAGCGUUACGCAGCAGAAAUCAACAAAAAGAUUGCAGCAGGUUUUUACGAACGAGUUGACUACUCCGAAUGGGCUUCACCCACACACAUCGUUGUUAAAAUGAACGGGAACAUCAGAAUUACGGGUAAUUACAAACCGACUGUUAAUCCUCGUAUGAUAGUCGAUGAACACCCCAUCCCGAAGGUCGAGGACAUUUUUAACAAACUCAAGGGAGAUGCCUUCUUUUGUCAUCUCGAUUUAACCGAUGCAUACACGCACCUUCCUAUAGACGAUGAUUUCAAGCACGUCCUUACGCUAAACACUGUUACACAUGGUCUCAUCCGACCGACCAGAGCAGUGUAUGGAGCCGCCAAUAUCCCAGCAAUAUGGCAAAGGCGUAUGGAAAGCGUUCUGCAAGACCUAAACAACGUGGUCAAUUUUUACGACGACAUAAUCGUAGCCGCAGCCAAUUUCGACAACCUGCUCGAAACCCUCAAAGCUACACUGCAGAAACUGAAAGAUAACGGACUCCGGCUUAACCGAGCGAAAUGUGUAUUUGCUGUUCCUUCGUUAGAGUGUCUUGGUCACAAGAUCGAUCGCCAUGGGUUGCACAAAUCCGACAAACACAUUGCCGCAAUCCGUGAUGCUCCACGUCCAAACACCCCGGAAGAGCUGCAGCUAUUUUUAGGCAAAGCUACCUAUUACAGUUCGUUCAUUCCGAACCUUUCAACACGAGAUCGUAGCUUACGUGAUUAGCUCACAG